AUGUCGCUUCGCGGCUCGGCGGCUGCCCGCUGCCCGCCCGGCUUCCCGCCCGCUUCCCGGCGGCCGCUCUCCCCGUGGCCCGGCCCGGCCCGGCUGCCUCCACACCAGCUAGGGCUCAAAGCUACUUCUAUAUGCUCCAGGCUUAAAGGAGGAAAAGAAGUUAAUUUCCACCUUUUGUGGGUGGGGGCAAACGCGGAGAGAACGCUACGAAGGCCUGGGCUGGGAGAAUACAAGGUGGUGGGGCACUGCCUGCCCACCCCCAAGUGCCGCACACCGACCCUCUACCGAUUGUGCAUCUUUACACCUAACCACCUUGUUGCCAAGUCCCACUUCUGGUACUUUGUGUCUCAAUUGAAGAAGAUGAAGAAAUCUUCAGGAGAAAAUGUCUACUGUGGGCAGGAGUUCGAAAAAUCUGCCCUUCAGGUGAAGAACUUUGGCAUCUGGUUGUGCUAUGACUCCAGCAGUGGGACCCACAACAGGUACUGGGAGGUGACCACCGCAGGUGCCGUCACCCAGUGCUACCAAGACUUGGGGGCCCGGCAGGGUGCCUGCGCCCACUCAAUCCAUAUGAAGGUGGAGGAGAUCGCAGCCAGCAAGUGCCGCCAACCGGCAGUCAAGAAGUUCCAUGACUCCAAGAUCAAGUUCCCACUGGCCCACCAGGUCCUUCGUUGCCAGUACAAGUCACGCUUCAGCACCAAUAGGCUCAAUGCCUUCUUUUGAGUGCAGGGCCUCCCUGUCCCCUGCCCACCCAAUUAAACUCCUUGGUGAAAUCCGGGGGAAAAAAAAACAAAACAAACAAGCUUAAUCUCCACUGUCACAGUGAUCUUUCCGUCUCUGAGGUCCCCCUUUGUUUCCUUCCCUCUCUGCAUCUCCGUUUGUACUUCAUCUUCUCUCCAUCUAUCCCUCUCGCUCCAGCUCUC